GCCUCCUUCCGCUUUCUCGCAGACUACUUCUCCGGCCCAGAGCUGCAACGGAUUCUCGGUUCCUCUGUGGAUGUAUACUCGACCUGGGCAAGGAAUGCGAAUCUUCCGAUAAAUAUAGAGGAGAUGGAGGAUGGCGGGAAGCUUAUGUGGAUUGGACCCAAAAGAACCGAUGAGAUGUUGCUUUAUUGUCACGGAGGAGCAUAUAUCUUUGCUGUUCAAAUAUUCACGAUUUCGUUCUGGAGAUAUAUCCAGGUUGAACUCGAGAAGAGAGGGUUGAAUGUCGGGAUCGCGAUUAUGUCUUAUUCUCUCGUCCCUGUCAGCCAAUUCCCAACUCCGUUGUGGCAAACUAGCCGUGCGAUAAAUCAUCUCCUCACUGUCGAAAACGUCAAACCCUCGAAUCUCGUAUUAGUAGGAGACUCCGCUGGAGGCAACCUCGUCUCGCAAGUCCUCUCCUCAAUGCUUCACCCAUUAUUCUCCCCACCAAUCAUACCUAGCGGAACACGUCUCCGGGGAGCAUAUAUGAUGUCUCCAUGGAUAUCCCUGACUGGCGUUUAUGACAACCACCCCCUUCCCUCGUUCACUGAAAACGACCACUGCGACGUAAUCGGUAAAGAAUCCCUCCUCACCUGGGGUCGAACCGUCCUCUCAGGUGCCCCGAACCCAUUCACCACCGACUUUCCCUACCUCGAACCAAUCAAUGCCCCAGCAGACUGGUACGCCCACCUCCCGGACAUCGUUGACCGCGUAUUCGUAUCUACAGGUGGAGCCGAAUGUCUUCGAGAUGCCGAUGAGAUUUUUUUUAGAGAGAAGAUUAAGCCGUACCAUGAGAAGUGCGAGUACUAUGAGAUGGAGGGAGGGGUGCAUAAUGAUCCAUUUUUUGAUUUUCAAGUUGCAGAGGGUCCGUUGGGAGGGAAGAGGCAGGGGUUGACGCCGAGGGUUUUGCAGUGGGUC